GCCUGUCCUUGAGCCCUGCAGCCAUUCUCUGGAAUGACCGUCUUCUGCUGAACGUUUCAGCAUGUUGAGCUGGGUGGUAAAAGUUGUUCCCCAGCCCCCACCACCUCCUGGGACACUAGGAGAGGAGGACAAGAACAACACUUCCACGGCAACAGACACUGUAGCGAAAAAGGAGGAAGUAAAACAAGACCCCAACCCUGCCAAGCCAAAGGAGGAGGUCUCAGAGGAAAACAGCUCUCAGACAGGGGUUUUGAGUUGGCUUUCUCAUGGGUUCAACAGUGCUCUCCCUCAGCCAGUGAACACCUCUAAACUGGUGAACACUGAGACUAAGCAAGAGGAAAAUGCAGUGAGCAACAGUAACACAUCGGAAGAGACUGGAAUGAUAGGCUGGAUUGUGCAGGGACUGGGAAAAGUGGUUCCACAGCCAGAUGAGAAAUACAAGGGUCACACAGACCCAGAGGAGGUCACUGAGCCUGCAGUUGUUCCAGUGGUUAAAGUCGAUCCCCCUGUGCAUGAGAUCAAAGACCUUCUUGAUGCUGAGCCACUCCCUCAUAUUCCUGUGGUGGAAAUUGUGUCUGAUGAGGAGCCAGAUGCAGCUAACAUGCCCUUCUCUCCAAGAGUAAUAGAAUGGAUCAAGCAUGGUUUUGAGAAGGUAGUCCCUCAGUCUCCAAUGCAUCUUCAUCCUCCUUCCGGUUCAGAAACUCCAGCGCAGAGGCCUGCGUCUGCUCCUCUGAUGCCCUGCAAACAAGAGCCAGCCACACCGGCACCCAAGGCUGCACCAGCACCUAAACCUGCACCAGCACCAGAACCUAAACCUGCACCAGCACCAGAACCCAAACCAGCACCUGCACCAGCACCUGUAGCUCCUGAGCCACCCAAAGCUGUUGAGGAUUCAAACGUUACAGGCAAAGACAAGGAGGUUAAUAUGGUUGGCAGGAUUGUACAGGGGCUAGGUCGCAUGAUGCCGCAACCAGUACUGAAACCAAAAGAGGAGAGCUCUGAUGCUGUUCAAAGCAUUUGCAUCCAGCAGGACCCAUCUGACAUGGUGCUGGAGGAGGUGGACUCAGACUGGGAAACCAAGCAAAGGGAGCAGGCCACCCAGCAGGACAUCCAGGCUGAAGAGCAGGUCCAGCAGGAGAGCACAACUCUGCUGCAGGUGUUGCCCAACACGCUGCCGCAGGUAUUGGCCAUGCAGGAGCAGGAGGAUGCAGAAACCCAGACAGAGCGCUGGACACCUCUGAUUGAGAGCAUCAAGAAAGAGGCAGAGGAGACUGCCUUAGCAAGCAUAGAGGAGAGACUACAGCAGGAGCGUGUGGAGGCAGCUCGAAUGGCAGAGGAUCUGGCUCGACAGGCUGCAGAGUUGGCUGUCAGACAGCUGGAGGAAGAGCACAGCACACAGUUCAUCACUGAGCCCAAAGACGAAGUGCCAGACACUGAGGAUCAACUGCCAAAUAUCCAGGAGGAAGAGAAUGAAGAAGACCCAGAGUUACAGCCACUUCAUGAAGAAAGUGAGGAGGAGAAUGAGGAUAUUAAAAUCACAGAGUCCCUGGUGGAUAUCUGCCCAGCUGAGCCCUCACCGCAUGAGUCGGAGGCUUCAGAUCAGGUGAUCCAAUGCCCACCACCAACAGCAUCACCACAGCAAGCGGAUAACACAUCAUCAAAGACAGAUUCAGUCUCUCCACCAGUGACCACCCAACCUGAGCCCGCCACCUCUCAACCUCCUCAUGCCGACCAGGAAGAGGAAACCCCUGAUGAAGGAUGCGGAGAGUGUACGCAUGUGAAGCCAGCAAUGAAGGUGGAGGAAGUGGACAAUGGAGAGGUGACCUUGCCCAGAAUCGUUAUCCGCCCGGUGUCAGACUCCGUGACCCUCACCAUACCUGUACUGAAUCUGACUUCCUGCAGGAGAAUGCCAGAGUCUCAAGAAGACACAGUACUUGGUGAAGAUGACGUUGACCUAAAAGCAACAUUGCAGAAGGAUGUAGACCAGACUGAUCUACUGGGUGUGGAUGAUUACAUUGAGCGGCCCAUGUCUGCAGCCAGUCAAACAAGUAUAGUCGUGAAUGAGCGUCUGCAGGAGCUGGUCAGGCUGUUUAAGGAGCGAACAGACCGUGCGAGAGAGAAAUUGAUUGAUCCAGAUGUGUCCGAUAAUGAAAGCCCCUCAGCAUCUCCUGCCAAAAAGCCUGGAGCAGCUCCACCUCCACCGCCACCUCCUGAAGAGAAGAAAGAGGAAGAUCCUAUAGAGGAGACACAAGAGGAGCCACAAAUCUAUGAGUUAAUGGGUUACAAGUUUGAAAUUCCCCAGUUCAAAAUUCCCCAGAUUCCUGAUUGGCUCAGAGUCAUCCUGGAGUUUCGUUUCCCAUCCAGCAUUGACCCCUUCACAGAUUUGAUCUAUGUGGUUUGGCUGUUCUUUGUGACUCUCGCAUGGAACUGGAAUGUUUGGCUUAUCCCUGUGCGCUGGUCUUUCCCGUACCAGACCCCUGAGAAUAUCCACUGGUGGCUGUUUAUGGACUACCUCUGUGACACCAUUUAUAUUCUUGACAUCCUGGUCUUUCAGCCCAGACUACAGUUUGUGAGAGGGGGGGACAUUGUGUGUGACAAAAAGGAGAUGAGAGAGCACUACAUGCAAACAGAACGAUUUAAGAUGGAUGUGAUCAGUCUCUUUCCCUUGGAAAUCCUGUACUUCUUCACAGGGGUCAAAUCGGUCUUGCGGUUUCCUCGCCUUCUAAAGUACAAUGCAUUCUUUGAGUUUAAUGAUCGUCUGGAAGCUGUGAUGAGCAAAGCCUACAUUUACAGGGUGAUCCGGACUAGUGCAUAUCUGCUGUACUCUCUGCACUGUAAUGCCUGUAUUUUCUAUUGGGGUUCUGAUUAUGAGGGUCUGGGCUCAACCAAAUGGGUGUACAAUGGCAAAGGAAACAGUUAUAUCCGCUGUUACUACUUUGCUGUGAAGACUCUGAUCACCAUCGGAGGUUUGCCUGAUCCCACCACUGUCUUUGAAAUCGUCUUCCAGCUUGUGAACUACUUUGUGGGAGUCUUUGCUUUCUCCAUUAUGAUUGGUCAGAUGAGAGAUGUAAUUGGAGCCGCCACAGCGGGUGAGGCCUAUUACAGACACUGUGUGGACAGCACCGUAAAGUACAUGACAUCCUACAGGAUUUCCCGUGAGGUUCAAAACCGAGUGAAGACCUGGUACGACUACACCUGGAAGUCGCAAGGCAUGCUGGAUGAGCAGGAGUUGCUUAUUCAGUUACCAGAAAAGAUGCGUCUUGACAUCGCUGCAGACGUUAACUUCUCCAUUGUCAGUAAAGUGGCACUCUUUCAGGGAUGUGACAGACAGAUGAUAUUUGACAUGCUGAAGAGGCUAAAAUCUGUGGUGUACCUUCCAGGAGACUCUGUGUGUAAAAAGGGUGAGAUCGGCCGAGAGAUGUACAUUAUCAAAGCAGGAGAGGUGCAGGUGGUGGGCGGGCCUGAUGGGAAGACGGUGUUUGUGACUCUGAGAGCCGGCUCUGUGUUUGGGGAAAUCAGUUUGCUGGCAGUUGGUGGUGGGAACAGACGAACAGCUAAUGUGAAAGCCCAUGGUUUUGCCAACCUCUUCAUCCUGGAUAAGAAGGACCUAGCAGAAAUCUUAGUACACUACCCCGAUUCCCAGAAACUACUGCGCAAAAAGGCCAAGAAGAUGCUGACCAAAGAUAAGAAGCCUACAGAUGAGAAGGGUGAUGUUAAAGAAACAGCUGAGGUCAUUCCUCCGCGACCAGAUACGCCCAAACUUUACAAGGCUGCCCUGAAAGUUGCCACAGGAGAGACUUUCGCCAAGCUGAAGGAAGUGUAUAAAGGAGCAACUCUGGAGCCUGUCUCUGGCAGUGCCUCCACUGGUCGUGUUCCCCCUCCUUCCCCCAUCCACCGGCGUUCACCCAUUCCCCGCAUUCGCAUCCCGGAUGAAGAUGACAUGGUAUCAGAGACCACCGACAGCACCGUGAUCAUCCGCAUGACUCCCCGGGUGGAGGGAGAAGAGAUCCUCUCUGUGGAAGUGGCCCCUGCUGAGAGAGUGGACGUGGCCGUGGAUAAGCCAAGCAAAUCUUAAGAAGAGAAGUGA